GCAUCAACCAAUCCACUCCACAGCCCCCGGAGCCAGACACACCAACAAGCUUCCCUGUCUUCAUCUUCUUCUUCUUCCCUGCUCAAAUCUUCCAUACACCAUGGGCUCCCUGAGAAGCAGUGGCAGCGGCGCGGCGGUGCCGGUAGAGAGUGUUGACCCUGAGGCGGCGUGCGCACUGCUGGCCUCGGGGCAGUACGGGUACGUGGACGUGCGCAUGUGGGAGGACUUCGACAAGGGCCAUGUCGCCGGCGCACGCAACGUACCAUACUACCUCUCCGUCACCCCUCACGGUAAGGAGCACAACCCUCACUUCGUCGACCAGGUCGCCGCGCUCCACGCCAAGGAGGACCGGUUCCUCGUUGGCUGCCGCUCCGGAAUCCGGUCAAGGCUUGCCACUGCAGACCUCGUCGCCGCGGGAUUCACGAGUGUGAAGAACCUGGAGGGUGGCUACCUCUCCUUGCUCAAGAGCGCAAGCUACCCGCAGCCGACAGCCAGCCACCACUGAUCCACCAAUUCCGUAUCUUGAAUAAGUACUACGAUGUAGUAUUAUCCAACGUCUUACGAAGAAUAAGAGGAGGAGUUAAUUUCCAUGGAAAAAGAAGGCAGUAUGUAUGGAUAUGCAUCCUGGGUUCUUGGCAUGAACUUUGUUCCAACCAAUAGCGCUACUAGCUGAAUACUGAUUUCCCCUUUUAUGAAUGUAUCUCGCAAAAAGAAAACUAAAGAAAAUGUUUUAUUCCU